AUGCAUUCUCAUUUUUUGACCACGUCACGCAGCAAUCCUCAAUUUUAUACAUUCUCUCAAGUGUUUGACCGGCAAUCGGCAAACUUGGAUCCUCUGUGGAAAGAGGAGUUACAACAAUCGGCUUGGCUCAGUUUCUGGGAACGCGAAGGUCACGAGUUUCUGGAAGAGAAGUGGCACAAACAAUAUCCCGAAUAUAAGGAGGCAAUCGAGUUAGCCACAGCCGAGGAACAAGCAGCUUGGCAAGAGUUGUGGGUAAAACACGCCCACGAUCAAAGCGCACAUUUCUGGCACAUCUUUUCAUGUGUCUUGGAGAAUUACGAACGGGACUUGCAUAAUGGUCUGCAAGAUGUUGGUCAAAUCUUAAGCGAUAUAGACGAUCAGUUUUCGUAUUUAGAAAUACAUCAAACCGACGCCAGUACAGCAAGUACUGAAUGCAGCGAGGCGGAUCAGGAAUACCUAAUCACUAACGACGAAUCUCUUGGCGAGGAGCAGCAGCUAAAACUGCUUGGAUUACCCACAUCUUUUGGUGCAAGGAGUACAAACGACCGACGAAAGCCAAAGCAGAAACUCCCAAGUGAAUCUGAGAGUGAGAGCGACUCAAAUCGUUUAAGCAUGUCCAAUGAAAAGGAUGAAAUUCAGCUUGACCUCAAGUCGCGGGCAAUUAAGAAAACAAAGCGACAAAAAAACUCAAAAAUCCCCCAAUUUAUGCGAGAUGAUAACCUUUUGCUUAAGUAUUGGUUCAAGCGCUUCUCGCUUUUUUCACGCUUUGAUCAGGGCAUUCUCUUGGAUCGCGAAAGCUGGUUCUCAGUGACUCCAGAGAAGAUUGCCAAGCAGACGGCUAGGCGUCUCGCCAGCGACGUCAUUGUGGAUGCAUUUUGCGGCUGUGGCGGCAAUGCCAUACAAUUCGCCAACACCUGUGGCCGCGUAAUUGCCAUCGACAUUGACCUAAAGAAAUUGGCGAUGGCCAAGCAGAAUGCGUCUAUUUAUGGUGUGGCCCAUAAGAUUGACUUUGUGCAUGCGGACUUUUUGCAGUUUGCCCGCACCACACGUUUGCGACCCGAUGCGAUUUUUCUGAGUCCACCCUGGGGUGGACCGGACUAUCAGAAACAGCAAACUUUUGAUAUUGAAGAGAAUUUGUUGCCGCUGGGCGCGAGUCCCUUGAUGGAACAUGCACGACGGCUAACGGAGAACAUUGGAUUCUUUUUGCCACGCAGCUCCAAUAUUAAGCAGGUGAUUGCGCUAACGCAUGCGGGUGAGCAGUGCGAGGUGGAGCACAACUAUUUGGAUACGCGUCUGGUGGCAAUCACAGCCUACUAUGGCAAGAGCUUGGUCAUGAAACAACGGCAGAAGACUGAUAAAUGACUAUCAGCAUGAAUUUGGGUUACAUUUUAAUACGUUGGAUUAAAUCGUGUUACAUAUAGCAAAAGAAGCUAAUAUCGAUCAGUUGUACUACUUAAUAAGUAAUUUCUAUUUCUUUAACUUUAUCGAGCUUUAGAUUUAAGUAUGUAAAUAGACUUUACUUACAUAAAUUAAGCACAUUGUUCACUUUUUGUGAUUAGACAUAAUUAUAGUUUUUAUACGUUGGAUUAAACUGUUUGUGGCUCUUUCAAA